AUGGCCAACAAGUUGGUAAUACUAUGCUUUGGCGACUCUUUGACGGCAGGCUACUAUUGUUAUGGACUGCACUACCAUCCAUAUGCGGGGAAACUCAAAGAAACACUCGAAGCAGCAUUUCCCGGCACCGAAAUAGUAAUCGACGUGGAUGGAGUUCCUGGUGACUUUGCCAUUAGUCCGCCCGGAGGCUUCCUGCCUCGGAUUCAAGACAAGUGUUUCAGUUCUCAGUAUGACUGGGUCAUUGUCCUCGGAGGGACGAAUGAUCUUGGAUAUCGCCAUCAACCUGAUGACAUAUACUCUGCGUUACAAGGCAGUUGGAAUGUGGCUCUCGCUUCGGGCGCAAAUGUCCUUGCCUUAACUGUUCCUGAAUGUGCAGCCAGGUCCCAGGAGCUCGACGAUAGUCGUGACAAGUUAAAUUCACAAAUUCUCUCACACAAGGCCGAGCGAUUGUGA